UACCCAACUUGCGCGGGAGUGAGUCGCGCGCUGUCUCAACCGACCAAUCACGUGAACGUAUUUUUGAAAAACACAUGUCUAAGUGCUAGUGUUGUGAAUUGUUCUACACAUCAAUUUUGAAUGAUAACCUGUGUGUGUGUUUAUGUGUGUGUGUCAUCUAAUUUGGAUAUUUUAGAGAUAUCGACACAAGAAUUAUAAAGGAUUAUUUUCGAUUACUCUUGACAGAGCCAUCGAAAAUGUCUUCAUGACUGUACCCAGUGGGACGAGAUAACAACAGCAGAGGAUACCAGUUACGUAUGAGGUGACCAUCAUGGAAGGUUCAUCAUCAGACUACAGUGAUGAGGAGGUGGGAGUCCUCGCCCGGGGUCAGAAGCUGUGGGUGCGAGGGGUCAGGUCUCACACCACUUGUGCUGACAUCGUGAGGGCAUUGCAAGACGCGCCUGAAGCUGGAGGUGGUGUCAGCGAACAAGGCCAGUGGGUGCUGGCUGAGAGGUGGCGAGGAGUCGAAAGGCCACUACCACCUGAUGUUCCAGUACUCCAUGUCCUCGCCGCUUGGGGAGACGCUAGGCAUGAGGUGCGCUUAGCCCUUCGUCGCGUCUCCUCUGGAGGUGAAGAUGACUCUGGUCGUGACAGUGACGGGGGCAGCAGAGGCGGGGCGAGGCGACGGAGAAGGCGGGGCUUAAGAGCAGCCACGCCCCCUCCACGAGCCAGGAGUGAGGACCCAGCAGCCAGGCUCGUGUCGGUCAUACAGCAUCAGAGCAGAACUAUACACCAACAGCUUGAUAAGUUAAGAGAACAAGAAAAACUCAUCGACCACCUAGAAGACCAGACCCACAAAAACCGCAUGGAGAAGCAUGGCACGAACUACCUGCUGGAAUCCUACCUUCGAGACCUGGGCAGGUGCAGCGAGGUCAACGACAGUCAAGCUGGGAACAGCGACAGUGGAGUAGGCGUAGGCAGUGGAACCCCACCCAGACGACAUACGAAACACAAGUCCAGACGAGAACGACACUUAAUGAGAGAACACUACUUCACAAAAGAACUCACAGACAUCUGCCAAGUAAAUUCCGAAAGACUCAUGCAAACGCAAAACGACACAGAUUCUGAAGCAUCAGCCGACGAACUAUCAAGAAUAAGGGAAGAAAUCGAAAUGUUAGAAAAGCUAGCGAUAAUAAACAAAAGACUACACCGCGAAGAAGAAUUGGUAGUGAGACUAACAGCGAAGGUCAAAAGGUACAUGGAUGAAAAUAAAGCUUACAGUUGUGAGAAUGUUUCACAAGUGACGAUGCUGCUAGAUAAAAUUGAGCAGGAGUUAAUGAGUACGGCUAAAGAGAUGCAAGAUAACGCUGUGGAAUUGGCAAAAGCUGACAAUGAAAUAGAACACAGAAUGAAACUUCUUGAUGAAUUGACAUUGGAGUUAGAAGAAGAGGAAUUGCAGAAUUCCGUUCUAGAGAGACAGUUAAAUGAAGCGUCGAGUCGUCAGCCCAUUUUACUCCAAGACAGUUACGUACCUGUUUUAGACCAAACUAACUUAGACCAACCUUUCAAUUGUGGGACCACGGGAUAUGUCCUAGAUACGUUGGUAUGACAUAGGUUUAAAAUCGGAAUUAUUGUCCCAAAGAUAUUAUUUUCAAAUUACCAUAUUGUUGUAACUAGUUGUAAGAUUAUUUUGGAAAUGUCAAUGAGAGAAGUACAUAUAAAAAUUGGAGAUGACGAACAAAAUUAGAGGCAUAAUGUUAAACAUUUUUGUUUUGAAACAAAAUGAAACCCGAGCAAAACGGAUAAUGUUGUACUGAAAUUAAUAAGUUAAAUAAAACAUAAAUUGCAAUCCUUAUGUUAUUUAAGUGUUUAGAUUAAUUUACCUAUACAUAUUUACACGCAUGUAUCUGAUAUUUUAUAUUGUUAUAUUUAAGGUACAACGACAAUAAGUGGUGCUACUUACCUACCUAAUGUAAACCAAAAUUAGGACUCUUAAUAUAAGAAUAUAUUUGAAAGAAGCUAAUUUUUAUUUACUAUCAUCAUCUUUUGAACUAAUAUGGGAGUUUCUUUUCCCAAUUCCUUGAAAUAAAAUACAUGAUAGACAUAAAAAGCUGUAUUAGAAUUCCUUACCAACUGCAUCAUAGUUUGCAAUCAUCUGCCGAGCCUUUUUACAAAUAUGUUAGGAUGCAGUUGAGUAGGUACCUACCAGUAUUUUACAAGGAGCGACUGCCUAUCUGACCUCCUCAACCCAGUUACCUAUAUUAAGACCCAAAUUUAGAUCUCCGAAAUAAUCCCUUACUUUAGAUUAAAUGGUGCUAACUUAACACAGUUAGUGUUUGUUAUUUAAUAAGUAAUGAUACUUAUAUUUAAUUCGAAUACCAAAUAUGUAUGAAAACCACCAAUCACAAUACGUUUUAAUAUUUAGCCUAGUCAGAUUUAUUAACGACACAAAAUUUGCCUUUCCAUAACGCAGAAUAAGUUAUUACAGGUUUAUAACAGGCCAAAACCAAAAUGGUUGAGAUACUAAAUAGCUUCAGAUGUCAGAAUUUCAUCUUGUUUAUUUUAAUAAUAAUAAAUGAUUUGUGGCUAUUUAAAAAAAAUCUAUUUCAAGUUUUGGUUAUCCAAUUUUGAACAAUAGCUACCUUUAAAUGAGCAAUAUUAUUUUCUGUGAACCAUCCCAAUCUAGUUGUUAAAAAGUAUAUGAUUAUAACAAUGUUUAUAUAAGUGUACAUAUUGCAAAAUAUACAACGAUUA